AUGGCGAUGGCCAAGAAGGCACGGCAGAGAAUAAGUUAUGUCUUACCACUUGCGAAUUCUCCCGGCGGACAUAGGUUGGGUGUAAAUGGUUUGGCCGUGGAUAGUGAGCAGUCAAUUUUGCAAUGGGCGCAUUGGUUAACGAGACAAAGAUAUUCAGGAGGACGAGACGGUGCCAUUUGCGCCUGGGAUCUAAAUCUUGAUCUGCGACCGAAAGAAUCCUCCUUGAGAAACCCAUUCGACGACCCAUCCUCCGAAUCUACACCAAAGUCUGCGACUACAUUUAGAGCGCAAACUCAAGCUCACACGCACUGGGUAAAUGAUGUAGUGCUCGCGAAAAAUAACACGGCGCUGGUGAGCGCAUCGAGCGAUUUGACUGUGAGGGUUUGGAGGCCUUUGGAGAAAGACAAUGAGCCGGUGACAAUUGGUCAACAUGCGGAUUAUGUGAAGUGUCUGGCGAGUCCUGGUAGUGCAGCGAAUUGGGUUGCUUCGGGUGGAUUGGAUCGAAGGAUUUGUCUCUGGGAUCUAAAUGGAGCUGGGAAACAACUCGAGAUUGAAGUCGGGGAUGAGGAUACUUCUGAGAAAGGAUCAGUGUAUGCAUUGAGUACUGGAAGCCAUAUACUAGCGGCUGGAGGACCGGAAUCGAUUGUGCGACUAUGGGAUUCGAGGACUGGGAAAAGAAUUACUAAGUUUGUGGGCCACACGGAUAAUGUUAGAGAUAUAUUGAUUAAUCAAGCGGGCGAUAUGAUUAUGACAGCGAGUUCGGAUCAGACAGUCAAAGUAUGGAGUAUGACGGCUGGAAGAUGUAUGCAUACCCUCACUAUGCAUAAUGACAGUGUUUGGUCGCUGUUCUCUGAGGACCCAUCACUUGGCGUCUUUUACAGUAGUGAUCGUUCUGGGUUGGUUGCCAAAACGGAUAUCAGAGGUACAUUAGGAGAAUUAGAUGAUGGAAUAUCGCUGGCGCUGGCGCAAGAGAAUGAUGGCGUCACUAGAGUUAUUGCUUCCGGGGAACAUAUCUGGACGGCGACAUCGAGUUCCUCUAUUAAUCGCUGGGCAGAUGUCGAUACUGGAUCAGAUAUACAGUUACCGGGAGCUUACCAGCGCCAUCGUGCUACUAGCUCAGUGUCGAGACCUAGAGGGGCUUCGCCUCCCAUCACCAAUGGAAAUUCUAAGAAAGAGAUUCCUCUAAAAUCAAUCUUGAGGAUAUCAAAUACGGCAAGCUUUCCAGCGCCAACUGUAAGAGACUCGGAUUCUGUCACCGACUUCUCAACGAUGAGCGGCGGAAGGAAACCUUCCGAGCCAAUCGUGGAUCCGGAUUUGGGAUUGAUUGUUCCUAUUCAUGCAUUACCUGAAGAAACUAUUGAAGGACAACACGGUCUGGUGAAGCACAAGCUUUUGAAUGAUCGCAGGAGGGUUUUGACCCUAGAUACUGCCGGAGAUGUAUUAAUGUGGGAUCUUCUCAAGUGUGUGCCCAUUCAAUCUUUCGGAAAAUGUCAUCUCGAAGAUGUAGAGCCAGAGGUUAACACAAUGGAAGCUGUGGCGCCUUGGUGUUCAUUGGACACGAGAACUGGUCGAUUAGCUGUUGUUUUAGAGGAGUACAAUUGUUUCGAUGCAGAGAUGUAUGCAGAUGAACUGGAAAUAAAUGAUGAUGUCGAGUUUAGAGAAGACCAGAGAAUAAACCUUGGAAAGUGGAUAUUAAGGUAUAUUUUCUCGAGGCUGGUUGAUGAGCAAAUCAAGAAAGAUGAAGUUCACCGCGCCGAGCUCAAUGAGAUUGUCAAAGCAAGACAAGAAGCCAAUCCACCUAUCUCAAUCAAUAUACCCAAUGCCUCUACAACUGCCUGGGAUCAACAAGGAAGCUUAACUCCUCGAGCAAAUGGUAAUCAUUAUCCUGCAACCCCAGGCAUGGGUAUUGGUAUUGCUACUCCUGGGCCUGGAAGCUUUUUGCCUUCCGUAUCUGAAGAUGGUGGGCCAUUAGAUAAGAGAGGAUCACAAGCAAGCAGGAGCUCAGCGGAAAAGCCAGACUACUUUGGAAGCUCAGCAAUUGCAAACGACCCUCCUAAGCAACCAGUCGUAACUAACAGUGAUAGUCAAGACCCUAAAUCUCCAGCGGUGGACACUGAAAAGGAAAGUAAUGGUAAGGAUAGCAGCACAUCGUUUGGCAAAAAGUUCCGCAAGGGAAUGUCUUUCGGAACCAAGAAACUCGGUCGUUCCUCCUCAACUACCAUGGAUAAACCAGUUGCAUUGGACGACAACAAAGACAAAGCCACGGAUGAAGGAUCCGAAUCUUCUGAAGCAGGUGAUAAACUUCCUGCUGAAAAAGAAGUUGAGGAUAAUUUCAAUGGGGUGAUACAGAAAAUUCGCAAUGAAUACGAGAGAUUGAUUGCGGAGAACCCGGCUCAAGAGGUUGAGAGUGGUAUUACGCCUAGUUUGACACCUGAGACACCUGUUUUGAAGAUUCCUGGUGGCACCACGAUAAUUAUCCAGGAAGAAACGAGUGGCGGUGUCAAAGAUCUUUACAGAGGUAGUGUAGAGACAGUAGGCGAAGACGCCAAUAUAAUUGCCGAGAAGGCUCCAAUGUGGUUGGGUGAAUUACUUCUAAAGAAUAAAAUCCCACUCAAAGAUCCCGUCAAGGUCUCAUUCAUCCUUCAACCAUACCAAGAUAUCCUCCCCUCUAUUGCAGGUCCGGAUGGUAACGCGAGACUUAAUGCAAAUCGCAUGUUGAGAGUCAAGAAGAUUCUGGCGUAUGUGGCGGAGAGGAUCGAACCGGCGAGUGAGCAGCCAAAACCAGAGGUUAUGAAGCCAGAGGAUUAUCUGGAUUUGUAUUGUUAUGAACAGCUUACUGAGGAAUCUGUAGAGGGUGAGCAGAAUUCCGGGGAUCUUGGAUCCGGGUCUGGAAUUACCGGAGCUGGUGUUGGUUCUGGUACUGCGGCGCCAGCUACUGGGGGUGGUACUACUUCUUUCGUUGGUUGA